AUGGGGCGGCCGCGGGUUUCAGAAGCAGAUCCACUUGGGAAGGUAAAGCGUGGUCGGCCCAGCAAACUCAAAAAGGAAGAGACGGCCAGCCGAACGGGCUUUGAAGGGGAAACCGCCGCUCCCUGGUACGAUUUCUUAAUAAAAAAAUACAAUAAGUGAAAAAUUAUUUAGAAUGUUAAAGAAAUACGGAAAAUCAGCUAGAAAGUUGCCUCAAAACUUUAACUUUUAAUUUCUCUCCUUCUUAUGAGAAACCAGUAAAGGUAGAAAAGCAGAAUACUAGUUUUCCUAUCAACUUCAGAAGUAGCUUGGAAGUCACAGUUUUCCUUUUUCUUUGAUUAUAUUCAACAAACUAUGAAAGACUUUUUUUUUUUGAAAUUUCAUGAAAUAUCAAGAGACCUUUAGAGAAAUCAGUGAACCGUCAUUAAAAUAAUAACUUACGGUUAACCAGAUGGCUUUCUGCCGUCUCUAGUUCAGCAGGUUUUGAAAGUUCUUAUAUGGCGUGUUCAUCGGACAAAACGGAAAUUGUUCCGAAACGCAAGAAAAAUGCUCCAAAACAAAAUUGGUACUGUUUCUGAGCAAAUUUAGCGCUCCGAUGAACGUUUUUGCUUUUUGAAACAUGUUCGUUUUCUCCAAUGAACACGCCAAUAGCAGUUUUCAAAAAAAUGUCCUCUGAAAUUUCUUAGCUCUUCAUUCAUAAUUUUCACGAUGUUGUGCAAUUCAGGAGGAAAACCGUUUCUGUGUUCAAGCAAAGCAUUUCGAUAGUGACCACCAGUCGGAAUGAAACGAAAAAAGCUCCCGAAGAUGUUCUGAAGAAACGUUUCUCGAACUCUCGGCGGACCGUCAACGAAGAAAAACCUUUCCAGGUACCCUUUUUUAUAUCUACCGUAUAUAUUUUUAAAAAAAUGCGCUCAUGACUUUUGAGAAAAGGAAGGUUUUCAAUGAAAAGUUGUUUCUCACGAUUUGUAAAGAAGAGGUCUUGGUCGUAAAAUCAUUUUUUUGUCCCAGUCUGGAUCUGGUCAAUUCUAAAAAUCAUUUUUCCCGCGAUUUCAUCGUAAUCAAUUUAAUACAAAAAGGAAAAUAAAUAAGUUAGAGCUGUCGUUUUUCAGCUGCUCUGGCACAAACGAAUGGAAGGUAUUCAAGCAAUGAUUCCAGUUCGCAUGGCGGAUAAAGUUGGUUUCUUUUCGAAAUAUUUUUCUCCAUGGCAAUCACUCACACAUAUCUAGCUUUUCUUCUUUCAAAAUAAUCCAUCUUAAGCGAUUUAUUACACGGUUUUAUCUCUUAUUACUCAGGUAAAUCCAGAUUUGGAAAGAUUCAGAAAUAAUUAUUACCAAGCUUAUCGAGCAAAUUGAAGCUUUCUGCGUGCACUGCGGCAAAGUAAGCAUUUAUUUUUUCUUCGGCUUGAUUUUAAUUUUUUUUAAUUCUUGGCUAGCGCUUGUCCAGGCGUCUCUCUUUUUUCUAACUAUUUGGAACUUCCGAAACUUUUAUUCAGUCUUCAAAGAGAGACUCUGUUGAGUCCUGGGAUUAUUGAAGCUUUGUCCGUUCAAGGAGCUGUCGUUGAUCAAGAGAGAUCAUCAUGCUCUCCUUGAGAAAGUAGUAAUCAAGAUUGAGCGUUCCGAUGAUCACUGGUUCUGCAAUGAUAUGUUUCAAAAAAUGCUCUAGGCGGACCAGAAAGAAGGCGAGUACCUAAGCGAAGCGCUGAAGCUGGCCGGCAGUCUGGAGAAGGCGUGCGACGUCGUUUCCGAGGCCGCCGCAGCCGCGUCUCUCUGCAACGCCAUUCAUCAUCCCAAGCAGAUUGGGUGAUUCUCCUGAUUUUUCAGUGAUAAAAAAGUAUCAGCGCAUGGAAACAUUAUAGGUAGAUGUUGUUUCUUACAGAAAAUUAAGUAGGACUUGGAAAACUGUGUUGCUUUAAAAUCUUAUUUAUUAUGGUCCCUUUCUUGUUUCUGCUGUCAAGUACUAUUGGAAAGUGUUCAUCAACGAUUGGGAAAAUUACUUGAAAAGGAAUUUUUAAGGUUAUUGCACAAGUUUCUGUAUGUUAUCCUCAACAGAAAUCCCAUAUAUACGGUUAAAAAAGAGUUCUGCAACGUUUUGAAGCGCUCAGUUUUGCAAAUGUUCUACGUCCCGAAAAUAAUUCGAGGAGAAGGCUGAAUGAAUCUUCACGGCUCUUGAAAAUCGUUUCAAAAAAAAAAAUAUAUAUAUAUCCCCUUUCAUAAAAUUUUGCAAUGCCUUUUCUUUCAGCGCUUUUGGCCAAAAAGAAGAGAAACAGACGCUGAACAACUCGUUGUUCCUUUCCGUUUCGACGGAUCAGCCGAUGAUUUCGGUAAGUUUUGGAAUUUCAAAACAAAAAAGCAGUGAAGGCAAAAUUGGAAUGAAUUUUUUCAGGCGAUAGCCAUGUCAAAAUUGAACGAAGACAUCGCAGCCCAGGAAAAACGGGUCCUCGACUGUCGGAAACGGCUCCAAGAAGUCAUGAAACAUUUUGGUGGAUGA